AUGUCACAACAAUCAACUCAAGCAUUCGAUGCUUUGAAUCGCAUUGUGAUAGAUUUACGAUCACGGAGCGAUGAGCAACGAAAAAGGGCAGCUUUAGAGUUGAGGGAGCUAGUGGAGGUCGCUUCUAGAGAUCUCCCCCAAGAACGAUUUCUAGAAUUGUAUAAUGUAGUUAAUAACAAGAUCACCAGCCUAAUCAGCCAUGGAGAUUUGGAGCGAACUGGUGGUAUAUAUGCCGUCGAUGCGCUGGUCGAUUUCGAGGGUAUAGAUGUUGGACAACGAGUCACACGAUUUGGGCAAUCCCUUCGAGCUGUAUUGAGAGGAAAAGAUCUCGUUCCUAUGCAACCGGCCGCUGUAGCAUUGGGAAAGAUGUGUAGGCCUGGUGGUUCGUUGGUAUCUGAUCUGGUGGAGAGCGAGAUUAAAACUGCCCUGGAAUGGUUGCAAUCUGAUCGAAUCGAAGAAAGGAGAUACAGUGCGGUACUGGUUCUGCGAGAAUUGGGCCGAAAUUCACCAACACUAGUUUACACUUUUGUUGGGUUGAUAUUCGACCAGAUAUGGGUGGGAUUGAGAGACCAGCGGCUCCUUAUUCGACAGACCGCCGCAGAAGCUAUAAGUGCGUGCUUUCAAAUAAUCAGAGAGAGAGAUCAAAAUUUACGACAGACAUGGCAGGCCAAAAUUUAUGAUGAAGCCGUCCAGGGCGUGAGACAGGGGACCGUUGAAUCCAUCCAUGGAUCCCUGCUCGUGAUCAAGGAACUUCUUCAGCAAGGCGGAAUGUUUAUGCAUGAGCAUUAUCCAGAAGUUUGCGAGAUUGUUUUCCGACAUAAAGAUCAUCGGGACGCACAGAUUCGGAAGACCGUCGUUAUGCUGAUACCCGAGUUGGCGCACUAUUCUCCAACGGAGUUUGCUCAAUCCUACCUUCAUCCAUUCAUGGUGUUCUUGUCAGGUAUGCUUAAGAAGGACAAGGAUAGAAACGACGCUUUCUUGGCCAUUGGGAAUAUUGCCAAUGCUGUCAAAAGUGCUAUUGCGCCUUACCUAGACGGAGUUCUAAUAUAUGUCCGAGAAGGCUUGUCUUUGAAAUCGAGACGACUCGGCACGGUGGAUCCAGUGUUCGAUUGCAUCAGUAGAUUAGCAGUGGCCGUUGGACAAACUCUCAGCAAAUAUAUGGAGGCACUCCUAGACCCGAUCUUCGCAUGUGAGCUAAGUCCUAAGUUGACUCAAGCUUUGGUGGAUAUGGCUUUCUACAUUCCGCCGGUGAAACCAAUCAUCCAAGAAAGAUUACUGGAUAUGUUGAGCAAGGUUCUUUGUGGUGAGCCUUUCAAGCCAUUGGGGGCACCUACACCGAAUAAUAUUGCAGCCGCGCCAGUUGUACCAAAAGACUCGAAGGAUCCACAAGCGUAUGAGCAUCGACAAAGUGAGAUCAAGCUCGCUCUUAAUACCCUGGGUAGUUUCGACUUCUCCGGGCACGUACUAAAUGAAUUUGUGCGUGAUGUUGCCAUCAAGUAUGUCGAAGACGAAAAUCCGGAAAUCAGAGAGGCAGCUGCAUUGACUUGCUGUCAGCUUUAUGUCCGAGAUCCUAUUGUCAAUCAAACAAGUCAUCAUGCAAUUCAGGUUGUCAGUGAAGUUAUUGAGAAGCUGCUCACAGUCGGAGUUGGGGAUCCAGAUCCUAGCAUUCGAAGAGUUGUCUUAGCAGCCUUAGAUCAACGAUUUGACCGACACCUUGCCAAAGCAGAGAAUAUUCGAACUCUGUUCUUCGCUUUGAAUGAUGAAGUAUUCCAAAUCCGUGAAGUUGCUAUCACAAUCAUUGGUCGUUUGACGCAUGUUAAUCCCGCAUAUGUCAUUCCCUCUUUGCGUAAGGUUCUCAUCCAAAUGCUUACAGAACUUGAGUUUUCUGAUGUAGCGAGGAACAAGGAAGAAAGUGCAAAACUCCUUAGUCUCCUCGUUCAGAAUUCACAGAAGCUGAUCAAGCCCUACGUUGAUCCUAUGAUUGCUGUUCUAUUACCCAAAGCUCGUGAUCCUAGCCCGGCGGUUGCUGCUACUAUCAUGAAAGCUAUCGGCGAACUUGCAUGUGUGGGAGGAGAGGGUAUGAUUCCAUAUAUCAAGCAGCUCAUGCCAAUAAUUAUCGAAGCUUUGCAGGAUCAGAGCUCUUCUGCUAAGCGAGAAGCCUCUUUACGAACUUUAGGUCAGUUGGCAAGCAAUUCAGGUUAUGUCAUUAAGCCUUAUCUGGAAUAUCCCCGGCUUUUGGAGAUUUUGCAAAACAUCAUUCGGGGAGAACCGCAGAGAGGACCAUUACGACAAGAAACUAUCAAAUUGAUGGGUAUUCUUGGCGCUUUGGACCCGUAUCGACAUCAACAAGUUGAAGAGCGAUCUCCAGAGAUGCAACUACGUUUGGAGUCAAAUCAAAUGACGGACAUAUCUCUUAUGAUGACAGGUCUUACACCUUCUAACAAGGAAUAUUUCCCAACUGUCGUGAUCAAUGCUCUUCUCAACAUUUUAAAGGACCCAUCUCUCAAUCAACACCACGCCAUGGUCAUUGAGGCAAUUAUGUCAAUAUUCAGGACUCUGGGUUUAGAAUGCGUCUCUUUUCUCGAUAAGAUUAUUCCGGCAUUUUUGUCUGUCAUCCGAACCUCUCCCGUCAAUCGUCUGGAGUCAUAUUUCAGUCAAUUGAGUCUCCUGGUGACCAUCGUUCGACAACAUAUCCGUAAUUACUUACCAGAGAUUGUGUCGGUACUUCAGGAAUUCUGGAAUACGUCUGCACCACUUCAAGCUAACAUACUUCAACUUGUCGAGGCUAUUUCAAGAUCUCUAGAAGGCGAGUUCAAGAUUUACUUAGCGGGGCUAUUGCCGCUUAUGUUGGGCGUACUUGAGAAAGAUACCUCCACCAGGCGCCUUCCUUCAGAGCGUGUUUUACAUGCUUUUCUGGUGUUCGGUCCUAGUGCUGAGGAGUACAUGCACCUCAUCGUACCUGUUAUCGUCAGUGUGUUCGAAAAGCCGCAGCAACCUUCAUUUAUUCGAAAGGCCGCGAUUGAGACUAUCGGUAAGAUUUCAAGACAUGUUAAUCUCAAUGACUAUGCCUCCAAAAUCAUUCACCCUCUUUCGAGGGUCUUGGCUGGUAGCGAUAGCUCUUUGAGAUUGGCGUCGCUCGAUACACUUUGCGCACUGAUUUUCCAGCUCGGAAGAGAUUACUUACAUUUCGCCGGCACAAUCAACAAGGUUCUGAACAGCCAUCAAAUCCAGCAUCAAAAUUACGAACUCUUGGUUAGUAAACUUCAAAAAGGUGAAGCUCUGCCACAAGAUUUGAGCGCCGAGGAACGGUACUUGAAUCAAUCUGAUGAAGUCGACUUCUCAGAUGUCUCUAAUAAGAAAUUGGAUAGCAAUCCGGUUCAUUUGAAGGCAGCUUGGGAUGCAACAGGUAAAUCCACAAAAGAGGAUUGGCAGGAGUGGAUGCGCAAAUUUAGUGCCGCCGUCUUAUUGGAAUCACCGAAUCAUGCACUUCGAUCAUGUGCUCAACUAGCUUCAGUAUACCCGCCGCUCGCCAGAGAACUAUUCAAUUCUGCUUUUGUUUCAUGUUGGGGAGAGCUAUUUGAAGGUUAUCAAGAUGACUUGAUCCAAAACAUUGAAAUGGCAAUCAAAUCUCCUCACGUCACUCCUGAUCUCUUAGGUAUCUUACUCAACCUUGCAGAAUUCAUGGAGCAUGAUGAUAAGGCUUUGCCCAUCGACAUACGAGUUCUAGGACGAGAAGCUGGUAGAUGCCAUGCCUGGGCCAAGGCUCUUCACUACAAGGAAUUGGAGUUCUGUCAGGAUCAAACUAGUGGUGCUGUUGAAGCAUUGAUUCAAAUCAAUAACCAGUUACAGCAGUAUGAUGCCGCGAUUGGUAUCCUACGAAAAGCACAACUUUACAAGGACGGUAUCACAUUACGAGAGACUUGGUUUGAAAAGCUUGAGAGAUGGGAAGAGGCUCUUGAAUUCUACAAAAGACGCGAGGAAGAUUUCCCUGACCAAGCAGAAACUUUCGACGUCAUCAUGGGUAAGAUGAGAUGUCUUCAUGCUUUGGGAGAGUGGGAAUCACUAUCGGCUUUAGCUGAGGACAAAUGGCACACCUCUUCACUGGAAAUCAAGCGAGCCAUUGCACCUUUGGCUACAGCGGCUGCUUGGGGUCUCAGAAAAUGGGAUCUUAUGGACGAUUAUCUCAGUGUUAUGAAGAGUCACACACCCGAUCGGUCAUUCUUUGGGGCAAUUCUUGCCUUGCAUCGUAAUCAAUUCCGCGAGGCUGCACUCUUUGUCCAAAAGGCGAGAGAAGGGCUAGAUACCGAAUUGAGUGCUUUGGUCAGCGAGUCCUACAAUCGAGCCUACACGGUCGUUGUUCGCGUACAGAUGCUUGCAGAAUUGGAAGAGCUUAGCAUUUAUAAGCAAAGCGACGACAAUCCUAAAAAGCAAGAAGUUAUGCGCCGAACUUGGGAGACUCGUUUGCUUGGAUGCCAACGAAAUGUUGAGGUUUGGCAGAGAAUGUUGAAGUUAAGAGCCUUGGUCAUAACUCCAAUGGAGAACAUGCAGAUGUCCAUCAAAUUCGCGAACCUUUGCAGAAAGUCUGGGCGUAUGGGCUUAGCCGAAAAGCAUCUCAAGACUCUGAUGGGUGGAGAUGAGAGCUUGGAUGUGGUGUUACCUCAAAUUGUUGAGACUGCUAAUGGAGAACGGCGACUGAAAGUUUCAACCAAACAUAUUGAAGCUCCUGUUCAAUAUGCUAUCUUGAAAUUUCAGUGGGCGGUCGGCAAGCAAUCUCAAGCAUUGGAGGCUCUGAAGAUAUUCACAUCUGGACUGGCAGAGAAACUGCAGCAAGCACAGGUGGCAAAUCAAGGAGGUGUUGCGAAUGAGGUGCAUGUUAUGAAUGGUCAUAAUGGUACUAACGGAGUAAUGAUGAAUGGAAAUGGUUAUACUAAUGGUCUGGGAGCAAAUGCUCAGAGUCUGCUGACAGCAAAGGGCUUAGCUGACCAUACCACGCUACUCGCUAGAUGUUGCCUUAAACAAGGUGAAUGGCAGGUUGCUCAGAAGAAAGGUAAUUGGCAAUAUGACAAUGUCAACGAUAUUCUCGCCUCAUAUAAAGCUGCCACUCACUUUAAUCCACAGUGGUACAAGGCAUGGCAUGCUUGGGCUUUGGCAAACUUUGAGAUUGUCCAGUCCAUUCAAACAGAGCUAGGACACGACUGGCAUAAUAUACCUACUAAUGCCGUCAUUGAUCACGUCGUUCCUGCUGUUCGUGGUUUCUUCAAGUCAAUUGCUCUCUCGCAGGGAAGUUCUUUACAAGAUACAUUGCGCCUUCUUACACUUUGGUUCGCUCAUGGUGGACAUGUAGAAGUCAAUCAAGCCGUUACUGAAGGAUUCUCAUCCGUUAGCGUUGACACUUGGUUGGAAGUCAUUCCUCAACUUAUUGCACGCAUCAACCAACCAAAUGCUCGUGUCCGGGCUUCCAUUCAUAAUCUGCUCGCUGAUGUUGGAAGAGCUCACCCACAGGCGCUGGUCUAUCCAUUGACUGUCGCCAUGAAGUCUGCACCGAAUACACGUCGCUCACGAUCUGCAAUGCAAAUCAUGGAUAGCAUGCGCCAACAUAGUCCAAAAUUGGUGGAUCAAGCAGAUUUAGUCAGCAAAGAGUUGAUUCGCGUGGCAGUAUUAUGGCAUGAGCAAUGGCAUGAAGGUCUUGAAGAGGCAUCCAGACUUUACUUUGGUGACCAUAAUAUUGAGGGCAUGUUCAAUACACUCGCACCUUUACACGAUAUGCUCGACAACGGGCCGGAGACCUUGCGAGAAAUUUCUUUUGCCCAAACAUUCGGCCGUGAUCUUCAAGAGGCUCGAGAAUGGUGUAUCACUUACCAAAGAACGAAGGAUCUCGGAGACAUCAAUCAAGCUUGGGAUUUGUACUAUCAAGUUUUCAGAAGAAUCGCACGCCAGCUACCGCAACUUAAUAACCUUGAGCUGGCUUACGUAUCUCCAAAGCUUCUUAAUGCUCAUGAUCUGGAGCUGGCUGUUCCUGGAACUUAUCAAAGUGGCAAGCGUAUCAUAUCGAUCGUCAAUUUUGAGAGCAAUUUCAGUGUUAUCUCCUCCAAGCAACGUCCAAGAAAGCUUAGUCUCAAGGGUAGUGACGGUAAUGCCUAUGUCUUUUGUCUUAAAGGUCAUGAAGAUAUUCGUCAAGAUGAGCGUGUUAUGCAAUUGUUCGGUCUUUGCAAUACAUUACUUACUAGCGAUUCGGAGUCUUACAAACGUCAUCUUAACAUUCAACGAUAUCCCGCUAUACCAUUGUCUCAGAAUUCUGGUCUCCUUGGUUGGGUUCCUAAUAGUGACACCUUACAUGUCCUUAUUCGAGAGUACAGAGAAAGUAGGAAGAUACUACUCAACAUUGAGCACCGAAUUAUGUUACAGAUGGCUCCUGAUUACGACAAUCUUACCCUCAUGCAGAAGGUUGAAGUUUUCGGUUAUGCUCUCGACAAUACAACUGGACAAGAUCUUUAUCGUGUUCUCUGGUUAAAGAGCAAGAGUUCUGAAUCCUGGCUGGAAAGACGUACAAAUUACACUCGAUCAUUAGGAGUGAUGUCAAUGGUCGGAUACAUUCUUGGCCUUGGUGAUCGUCAUCCUUCGAAUUUGAUGCUUGAUCGAAUCACUGGUAACAUUGUUCACAUUGAUUUUGGAGAUUGUUUCGAAGUUGCUAUGACUCGUGAGAAGUAUCCAGAACGUGUUCCAUUCAGAUUGACUAGGAUGUUGACCUAUGCUAUGGAAGUUAGCAAUAUUGAAGGAAGCUUUAGAAUUACUUGCGAGAACGUGAUGAGAGUGUUGAGAGAGAACAAAGAGUCUUUGAUGGCUGUUCUUGAGGCUUUCAUCCAUGAUCCUCUUCUCAAUUGGCGUUUGAAUGGCGAAGCUUCACCUGUAGGACCUAAUUUCCGCUCCGAGCGCCGUGAAUCCAUGAUCUCGCCCCAAGUCCGUAGACCCUCAGUAAUGGAUGGAAAUGUUCCUCCUUCGGCGUUAACUGCCGAUGUUGGAGAUCCGAUAGCAGCUCCAGGCGGACCACCAGCUUCACGUCCCCGCGCAAGAACAAAUUCCACGACACAAGGUUCACAGGAUAUAGAGGCACAUGAAAACCAAAACACCAGGGCUGUUCAGGUAUUGGUCCGUGUCAAGGAGAAGUUGACAGGUCAUGAUUUCAAGCCAGAGGAGGAAUUACCAUAUAUUCAACAAGUUGAUAAGUUGUUGAUUGAGGCGACAAAGUUGGAGAAUCUUUGCCAACAUUAUAUUGGUUGGUGUAGUUUCUGGUAG